UUGGUUUUAGUUCAUUUCAUUUGCAUACCAGCAUGUUUAACAUGCUAUUGGGAUGGAAAGGCCUGUCCAUGGCACUAACUAUGCCAGAAAAUACCCUUAUACAGAGGAACUCAUGCAGCCUUAAAAUGAACCACUUCAUAUGAAUGCCUAUUUUCCUUUCUAAAAAUAUGGGAAGAGCCUGUGGGCUAUUUUGAUGGCUGCUUGACUUUCUUUGUUAGUAGACUGAUUUGAUCUCACUGAUGUGUAGAUUCAGUAAUGAAUCCUGUCAAUAGAUAGAUCAGAUUCUCUGGUUCACAACAUAUGAUCACUCGCUAAUGGAUGGGGUUAAACAGCACAUUCUAAUCUUCAAUUUGUUUAAGCUGAACCAUCUAAACAAGUCAAAGUUUAGAGUGUGUCUCUAACCCAUCUAACCCAUGAGUCUGUGUAUUGCUAAGAGAAAAAUUCAUUCUCAGAAAAAAGUUUGCCGUGCCAUGAUGCUUGAAACUGUGGCUGCCGUACCUGGGAUGGUAGGAGGAAUGCUCCUACACAGCAAAUCACUGAGGAGAUUCGAACACAGUGGGGGGUGGAUAAAAGCUCUAAUAGAAGAAGCAGAGAAUGAGAGAAUGCAUCUGAUGACAUUUAUGGAGGUCUCAAAUCCCAAAUGGUAUGAGAGAGCUUUGGUGUCUACAGUGCAAGGAGUGUUCUUCAAUGCCUACUUUAUUCUCUACUUGCUUUCCCCCAAGCUUGCUCACAGGAUUGUGGGUUACCUUGAAGAAGAAGCCAUUCAUUCAUACACUGAAUUCCUCAAGGAACUGGACAAUGGCAACAUUCAAAAUGUGCCAGCACCUUGCAUAGCCAUAGAUUAUUGGAGGCUUCCCAAAUAUUCAACUCUCAGGGAUGUGGUCAUCUCAGUCAGGGCUGAUGAGGCUCACCAUCGUGAUGUCAAUCAUUUUGCAUCAAUAUUUAUUACAAGGGAAAAGAGUUGAGAGAGGCUGCAGCUCCACUUGGAUACCACUAACUGUUUCAAUGGCUUCCAUCAGUGCUCACAAUAAAAACAUUUAGAUGCUGUUUAAGGCAAUUUAGCGUGCAUAUUAUGUUUGAGUUGCAGAGAAUUCAACAUGUUAUACAAUUUGAGGAGAGCUUCAUUAGAAAUUAGAAUAUAUUCCUAUAUAUGUUACUACUAGGCGAGCAUGAUAUGAGGAAUGGCCUGGGAGGGUUUUGAAUGUUUUUUCCUUGUGUGAGAAUUGGUGAGAAUUGGCCACUAUGAUAUAAAGAAAUGCAA